AUGAAAGAGACACCAAUCACUAAGGAUGCUUCAGCAACCCAGCAAAGCGAAGAGUCUGAGCAGAAAGAAAAAACAGAGAAACAAACUCAAAAAGAAGACAGACGGGGAGCUUCCUUAUCAAUACCACAGGGAUCUUUACAGCAUUUGUUCCCAGGAAGCUUUUCUUCAAAAGAUACAACAUUGCCAUUUUCAUGGUCAUUAGCCAAAGAAACGCCUUUCAAUGACUAUAUUUCUGGCUCGUGGAUUAGUGGAUUAGAUACACCAGCAAGUUUAAUAAAAACUUCUAAAGACAGUCCAGUGAAUCAUACCCAAAGAGAAAACAGCUUAGGUUCUCUGAAAGGAAUCAGCAGUUCCAUAGUUCCAAAGAAACCAACCUUGACCCAUGUUUCUGAGGCAGCUAUGAUUGAGGAAGGGGAGGAUUAUUUCCAAUCCUUGUUUGGUGGCUCAAGAAAAUUUUCUGCAUGCUCAAACUACAUGGAGAAAACUUGGAAGAAUUUUUCUAUGAUUCUUGAUGAAGUUGGUCACUCAAGAUCCAGUGCUCUUGGACAUAUUAAAAUAGCUGAUGUGAAUUUCAGAGGUUUAUAUGUGAGGUUCAUUAACUGUUCUUACGACCAAGAAAUGGAGAUUGGAGAUCAUAUUCUCCAGCAGAACUUGGAUGGCCAGACAGUUGCUUUGUUCCGAUUCCCUCCAAAUACUAUAAUGCAAGCCAAUUCCACAGUAACGGUAUGGGCAGCAGCAUCUGAAGCAAAGCAUCAGCCUCCCUCAGAUUUUCUUUGGAAGGAGCAAAAUAAGUUUAUAGCAAGUCCGACUUGUACCACAAUUCUUUGCAAACCUAAUGGUGAAGCUAUUGCCUGGUACACUCCUAUUCACUGGAAGCAAGCCUGGGAGAAAUUAGAGACCGAUAUUAAAUUUGAUAGAUGCUCAAUUGUAACUACAACAUCUCGAAGUAACAUGUUUCAGUCACCAACAUAUACAACUACAAUAACUACAGAAGAACAAGGUCAACAAGGGAGAGAUGCUGCACCAUAUCAGACGGAAAGCAUUCAAGUUCUUAAGAGAAUAAAAGAAAUCCCACCAACCCUUUUUCCCACUCACAGCCCUUGGUGUCACAGUCCUAAUGUCCCUGGACAUCCGUACUGUCCUCUGACUAAACUGCACAAUACAUGCAGUGCUGGAACACAUUUGAACAGAAAGCCCAGGCCUAAAUCAGCCAGGCCUAAUCCAGCUUCAGAAAAAAAUGGUUCCCCACCCCUACACCCCCAUGGGGGCCACAGCAAGAAGGACUUGGAUCUCUCCAAGCUGCCCCCUUCACUGCUCCAAAGACUCCUAGACAACCACUCAGUCUCUCUGGAUGGGCUGAGCCAGGCCAGCAUGGGUUCCAAGGAGUCAUCAUAUCCCCAGAAACGUGCCAUGCACAACUUCUUUGUGGGGCUUAUGGGCAAGAGGAAUAUCCAGCCAGAUACUCCUCUUGAUGUGAGCCAAGAGAACGUCCCCAGCUUUGGCAACCAUAAGUCUCUUCCUAAAGCAGAGUGA